AUGCUGCGGAUCAGCCUGCUCCAAUUGCUUUUUGUCACACUGCUCGCCCUGUCUGCAGUCUUCGCAGCAGGCGUCAAGGAGACACCGCGUGAGUCUCUCCAAGAAGCGCUCGCCGACAUCAAGGCAGCCUCGUUCCAUGAUGCUCUGCAUACUCUGUCCACCAAAUUCCGUCAUGGUAUCUUUCCGACUGACCUUCUUGCUGCCGAAGCCCUGCAAAGUGAGCAGCCCGCCAUUGCAAGCCUGAUCAAGCUUGUCAAGCGUCAGAGCAAUGCCACUUCUAGCCCUGAGACAUCUCCGGCUCCGGUUCCGUCUGUGACUACUUCCAGCACCGAGUCAGCCACUGAACCAUCUACCACACCUGCUGAGACUAGUGAGACCAGCUCGGCCUCUCCCACUGAACCAACUAGCAGCGUUCAGUCAACCGAGACCUCGGCCAGCUCUACUAGAUCUACUACCUCUGCAUCGGUCCCCAGCGAGACCUCCACGGUCACGAGCCAGACCACUGCGCAGCCCACCACUUCCACUACUCAGUCGACCACUACUCAGUCGACCACUACUUCGUCGUCUGAUGCACAGACCACUCACUCGACGACCAGUGUUCCGUCGACUCUGUCAACUACCAAGAGCACUUCGUCCACCUCUAGUCACUCAACUUCUACCCACACCACUGAGCACACCACUGAGCACACUACUGAGCACACUAGCUUGAGCACUUCCACCUUCAAAAGCACCACCACCAUGCCCGACGGCACCCUGAGCACCAUCACCUCUAUCACGGUGAUCACCCCAGAGGCAACCGGCAAAGCCACGGGUACCGCUGCUGGCAAGCCUGGUCUGCAGACUAAUGCCGCCGCAGUGCCUACUGGCAUGGCUCGUGAAGUCGUCGCCAUGUUUGGUGGCGCCGUUGUGGUCGCAAUGGCUCUGUGA